AUGAUGCUCCGCAGCAGAGAUGCCUCAAUGAUGCUCAGCGAAAUAAAAGUGAUGUUUAAAAAAAGGACUGACGAAGAAUGGAAAGAAUGCCCCGAUUAUGUCUCUGCUGGAGAAAACAGCUGUUAUUUCAAUUCAUCAUAUACCUCCAUUUGGACACCCUAUUGUAUCAAGCUGAGAAAUAUUAGUCAUGAGUUGGAGAAAAGGUGUUUCACUGUUGAUGAAAUAGUACAACCAGAUCCACCCAUUGGCCUCAACUGGACUUUGCUGAACACCAGCCUGACAGGGAUCCAUGCUGACAUCCAGGUGAGAUGGGGGCCACCUCCCAAUGCAGAUGUUCAGAAAGGAUGGAUUCUUUUGGAAUAUGAACUUCAAUACAAAGAAAUAAAUGAUACCCAAUGGAAAAAGGUAAGAUGUCAAUAUGGUAUCUUUGAAGAAAUACUUUGGCUUUUUUUAUUUUGCAUUUCAGAUUUCCAGUUUCCAUGGUUCUUGAUUAUUAUCUUUGGAAUAUUUGGCCUGACAGUGGUGUUAUUUGUAUUCAUACUUUCUAAACAACAAAGGAUCAAGCUGCUGAUUCUGCCCCCAGUUCCAGUUCCAAAAAUUAAAGGAAUUGAUCCUGAUCUUCUCAAGAAAGGAAAAUUAGAAGAGGUAAAUACGAUCUUAGCCAGCCACGACAGCUAUAAGCCUCAAUUCUACAAUGACGACUCUUGGGUUGAGUUCAUUGAGCUGGAUAUUGAUGAUCCUGAUGAAAAGACGGAAGAAUCAGACACAGACAGACUUCUGAGCAGUGACCGCCAGAAAUCCCUGAAUUACCUUGGGGCAAAAGAUGACGACUCUGGACGUACGAGCUGUUAUGAGCCAGACAUUCUGGAGACUGAUCUGAGUACCAAUGACUCCUGUGAUGGGACUUCAGACAUUGCUCACUCACAAAGGAUGAAGGGGAAAGCGGAUCUUUUAUGCCUCGAUCCGAAGAACGAGGAGUCACCUCCCACCUGCGAUGCCCCAACGACUCUUCCCCCCAGUGGCGUCCUCCUUUCGGAAGGCGGCAAGCCAAGACCACUUCUCACCAACGGGAUCGAGUCGGCCAGCCUGCCUGUCCACACUCAGCUGAGCAACCAGAGUUCGCUGGCAAACAUCGACUUUUAUGCCCAGGUGAGCGACAUUACUCCUGCAGGAAGCGUCGUUCUCUCACCUGGGCAAAAAAAUAAGGCAGGGAUAUCGCCGUGUGAUGGGCACCGGGAAGCCUCGCUGUGCCAAGGAAACUUCAUCAUGGACAACACCUACUUCUGCGAGGCAGACGCCAAAAAAUGUGUUUCUAUGGCCCCACAUGCUGAGCCAGAGCCCAGGAUGGAGCCGAGCUUUAGCCAGGAAGAUGUUUACAUCACCACAGAAAGCCUUACCACUACUGCUGUGAGUUCUGGAAUAGCGGGAGGACCUUCCAAUCCCGAAAUGCCUGUGCCUGACUAUACCUCCAUUCACAUAGUACAGUCUCCCCAGGGCCUUGUACUCAACGCGACCGCGCUGCCUGUGCCUGACAAAGAAUUCCUCACCUCGUGUGGCUACGUGAGCACAGACCAACUGAACAAAAUCAUGCCCUAGCCUUUCUUUCCUUUACCUUGCGCAUAUAUAUUUAAUGGCAUAAAGAUGGCUUAGACUUGUCUGCUUAAACCAAAACAAUGUUUAAACAUUAUUUUUUUUUUUUGGUGGUUCUUAAGCGCUUUUUCCUGAAAUGUCGAAACAUGAUACACACACACAAACACACAAGCAUUAAUCAGACUCUUUCCUAUUGUGAAUUGUAAAUAUUUUAAAGCAUUGUCUCUCCAAGACCAUUGAGUAGCAGUGAUUGUCUUAUUAUUGUGGGUGUUGAUUUUGUGAUACUAAACAUUGAAUGACUAUGUUUUUAAUGUAUAGUAAAUCAUGCUUUUUGAAAAAGCUAAAAUCAGGUGGUUUUGUAGUUCAGGAGAAUUUAAUGCAAAUCAUACCAUACACUGAGUUGUUUGAUGUCGUUUUUUUUAAAAUUGGUAAUUGGAAAAACGAAAUACAAUAUAAACAGGAAGGCAGAAGUAGUUUGGGUAAGUAAAACAUUUAUUUUGACAUACAAAUGGGUAAAGAUAUUUUAAUAUUCUAGACUUAAAGCACGGCUCUUUUGUAUUAUGGUACACAAUGUGUACUGUAAUUUAUGCUGAUCCAUCUAAAGAAUGUAUUCGUUGCAAUUUUACCAAAGCUGGUUUCCGUUUUGGUCAUUGCAACAAAAAUAAGAAGCAAAAAUGAAAUAAAAUAAAAUAUCAAAAAAAGUUUUUAUAGGGUCAUUUUUAUACCUCCAAAAAUGAAUCCUUAAAUAAUUCUAAAGUGAUUAUAGUGACUUACUUUAUAAAAUCAUAUUCAUCUUACCAUAAGGUUUUUUUUUCAGCAUACUUAUACAUGUUUAAGUUUUCAGACAAACUUUUAAAUUGUACAAAAACAGUAAGAGCAAAGAAUCCAUUCACCACCAUAACCUGGUCCAUGCCAAUGUCAGUAGGUAUUGAGAGGAGUAAAAGUUAGAGCAGAUGUUUCUUUGCCAGAACAUUUAAAUACUGCAAUUGCACCUUCUGUGAUUUUGAGCCCAUGGGAGAAUCCAAAAUGAGCACUGUAGCCUUGGCAUCUAUAUCUUUGCAUAUAGGGCCUGCUUUUUAUCCCAUUGUUUCACAAGUGGAGGAUGAGGUACAUGAAGCAUUUUCUAAGUUGAAACCAGAUGAAAUGAAAUGAACAGGGAACAGAGGCCAAUGUUGUUCAGGAAACUUGGUUUGGGGUUUGGGGGAGUUUCCCCCACAGUUUCUAGACAGCCUCCAUCUUUCAACAUAAUCAGGGACAAGAGCAGCAUAGAUAAAUGACAUUUGUGGUUAAUACAAGGUCCCAUAAACCAAUAUCAGUAACUUUCUCCCAUGCUAAACAUCUUUCUUAGGGUUUCUUUGUGGGUUGUAAAACCAUAUGAUCUGAAUUUCAUCUCCCUUAGUUUUUCCCCUAGGAUCCUCUCAAAGAAAAUGUUAGUGAAUAGUGAGUCAGCUGCAAAAGCUGGCAAUAGGAAAGAAAAGGAGAAAGGGAGUAUACAUAUAUAUAUAACCCACAAACUAGAGAAUCGGUCCCUAAAAAAACACUUUUGUUCUUAGUGAAUGUGAGGAAAGUUCUCCCCAAAAAGUAUGUUAUUAAAAAGGAAAAUACCGUCUGGGGGAGAUAAUGGACUUCAUUUGAAGAAAAAACAAUACACAAAGUAUGACAGAUGAAACUUUGAAUUUCACCUUCUUUAUUGAUGGGAUUUGCCCAUUUAGCACAGGCAUUUUUAAGACAUGAAGAACACCAUUAGGGACUUUCGAUCCCCCCCUUUUCUUGCAAGAACUGCAGCCAGUUGCUGGAACUGGGUUUGGAAAGUCCAGCGUGUGACUUUGUAGUAAGUGUUUAUUAGAUCUUCUGCUAACUUGCUACUGCAGUUUUCUAACAGCUUCAUUAUUUAGUUUCAUGUAAGAUUUCAUAAAUGUAACACUAAUUCAAUUAAAGCUACGUACGUUUUUGGAAGAAGUCUCUUACUAUACUCAAAUAGGCUGACGAAGUUUCUAUAGCCAAAAAUAGUUUAAAAAUACCUCAACCAAGCUCAGAAUGUUAUUUUGGUACUUUACUGGUUAUACAAGCCAUUAUUCACCAGUAUGAAUAGUUGUGUCUUUCGGUUUAUAUUUAACUUCUUUAUGUCUGUGGAUUUUUUUCCCUUCAAAAUUUAAUAAAUUUAUUUUCCUGGA